AUGGAAGCACAGCGAGUUUACGGGUACAUCAACAACAUCUGCAUCAUCGGGCACGGCUCGAUCGGGAAGGGAACCUUGCCCCUGAUCAAGAGGCACUUUAAAUUUGAUAGGAUCACGAUCAUCGAUCCCCACCCCGUUGAGGUUCCAGAAGUCUCAGAAACAGUGGAAUUCAUCCGUAUUGGACUAACUCACGACAACUUCAAGGAGAUUCUCGACGGCAUCUUCGUAGGAAAGGUCUGCUUCUGCGUCAACCUCUCAGUCGGCACCUCUUCCUCCGAGAUCAUGCAGUACUGCCAGGCCAAGGGCGUUUUCUAUAUCGACACCGUAAAGGAAGAAUGGGAGGGACAUUACUCCAACAAAGACAUUGACCUCUACAAGCGAAGCAACUAUGGCCUCAGAGAGGCCCUCCUCAAAGAUGUUCGUCAACAUAAGCUCAAGACAACUGCCAUCUCAUGCUGUGGAGCCAACCCAGGAAUGGUCAGCUGGUUCGUCAAGCAAGCACUCGUCAACCUUGCCCAUGACAUUGGCUUCCCUCUUGAGGAGGAACCCAAAAGUAGGGAAGAAUGGGGCCGCCUCAUGAUGAACCUUGGAGUCAAAGGAAUCCAUAUUGCCGAAAGGGACACUCAGAGAUCCAACGAAAUUCGCUCUCCCAAGGAGUUCUGGAACACCUGGUCAGUGGAUGGCUUCAUUUCCGAAGGCUAUCACCAGCCUUCCGAAUUGGGAUGGGGAACUCACGAGAAAUGGGUGCCUCAAAACGCCGUUUUCCACCGUGAGGGAUGCCAGGCAGCCAUCUACAUGACCAAGCCAGGCAUGAACGUCACCGUGAAGACCUGGUGCCCCACCUACGGACCACAGAUGGGCUUCCUGGUCACUCAUGAUGAGUCAAUCUCGAUUGCUGAUUUCUUCACCGUCCGUGAAAACAAUGAGGUUGUCUUCAGGCCCACCUGCCACUACGCCUACCAUCCUUGCGCCGAUGCUGUUGCCUCUGCUCUUGAGAUCAUCGGCUCCGGCUAG